ACCACCAUUCCCAAGUCAGGUCAUUCGAAAACUAACUACACUCUUUGUCAUUCCUUUCUUGCCAUAUACUUCUAUCCAAAAUGCAUGUUUCGAAUCUUGUCGCUCUUGCCAUCUUGCCCUCAGCUUAUGGACAGCUUAACACGCUAGCCAAGGCUGCCGGUCUCAAAUACUUCGGUUCCGCCACAGACAAUGGAGAAUUGACCGAUACACAGUAUACGGCCAUUCUCUCCAACACUAGUCAAUUCGGACAGAUCACACCUGGAAACACACAAAAAUGGCAAUACAUUGAGCCAACGCAGAACACUUUCAGUUAUACCCAGGGUGAUGUGGUGGUGGAUUUCGCCGAGAAAAAUGAUCAAAUUCUUCGAUGUCAUAACUUGUGUUGGUAUAACCAAUUGCCUUCCUGGGUUACCUCGGGCACAUGGACAAAUGCUACUUUGAUUGCCGUGUUGAAGAAUCAGUUAGUGGUUUUGCGCUCCAUUGGUUGAGCUUUAAGCUAAUCAUUUCUGCAGCAUUAAAAAUGAAGUUACUUACUACAAGGGCAAGUGCUACGCUUGGGAUGUCGUUAAUGAGGCAUUCAACGAUGAUGGUACCUACCGUUCAUUUGUCGUAAGUAUUUACAAUACUUCCUGUUGCCUUGAAGCAAUACAUGAGACGGGUAAUAAUACUAACUUCCUCAAGUUCUACAACACCAUCGGACCCGAAUACAUCCCCAUCGCAUUUGAGACUGCAGCUCUCUACGACCCAGAUGUAAAGCUCUACUACAAUGACUACAACAUUGAGAGCUCGGGCGCCAAAGCCACCGCGGCCCUUAACCUCGUCAAAUCGCUUCAAGCCCGCGGUAUCAAAAUCGACGGUAUCGGUCUCCAAGGUCAUUUCAUCGUCGGCGAAACACCCAGCGAAUCCGCGCUCGCUACUACACUCCGCUCCUUCACAGCCCUCAACGUCGAAGUCGCCUACACGGAACUCGAUGUCCGUUUCUCCAGUCUUCCACCUACGACUGCCGGUCUCGCUCAACAAGGUGUCGACUACGCUAAUACCGUUAAUGCCUGUCUUAGCGUUGAUGGCUGUGUCGGUGUCACCGUGUGGGAUUUCACUGAUAAAUAUUCGUGGAUUCCUUCUACUUUUAGUGGUCAAGGUGAUGCCUGUCUUUGGUAUUCUGAUUUUUCUCUUCAUCCUGCUUAUAAUAAUGUUGUUUCUGCUCUUGCGGCUGCGGCGGGUGUUCCGGUUGCUACUUCUACUAUUGCUCAAGUAAGUUAUCUUCUUUUCUUUUCUCUUUUUCGUGUUAAUUUCCCCACUGCCUGUUAUUCCCUAGCUGUUACCCCCUCAUCACCAAGUUGCUAAGUAGCAUCAUGAGGUCCAUCCCAUCCCCACCAAUCUCAACCCAUUCAGCACCAUAAAACCCAGCCCAUACUAACACCACACCCCAGACAACUCUAACCACAAAAUCCGCAUCCACUCCCACAGCAACAGCAACCGGAUCUACAGUCCCCCUAUACGGUCAAUGCGGUGGAUCGAGUUGGAAGGGAAAUACGGUUUGUGCGUCGGGUACUACUUGUAAGGCGUCGAAUGCUUAUUAUUCGCAAUGUCUUGCGAAUUAGAUUGAUUGAAGGGAAAGGAGAAGGGGAGUGAUUAGCUUGUAGAUAGUGGAUGGGGAUGUGGAUGUGGAUAGGGAAAUGAAUGUGUAUAUAAAUUGUAUAAUGAGAGAAGA